AUGAUCCGACGCACCUUCUCCCGUAUUGCUCGCAUGGACUUCCAAGUACUCUAUGGGGCCUACGUCAGACCGCUCCUGGAGUACGCCAACCAAGUUGUCUACUCAGGACGUACGAAAGACGUCAUCCUCAUUGAGCGUGUCCAGCGGGCCGCCACUAGAAUGGUUGCCGGCCUCAAAUCCGUGGACUACGAAACGCGUCUCGCGAUGCUUGAUCUCUUUCCCCUGGAGUACCGUCGCCUCCGAGGGGACCUAAUUCUUACUUACGCCCUGUUUGAACAAAGCUUGGCAAACAGGUUUUUUACCGUUGACCCAGCAAACACCCGGCGGGGACAUAGCAUCAUCCGCGUAAACGGACGGCCAAUUGAGGCGCUAGAACCUAAACCUUUGUUGCCGAAACUCCUCGAGCCGAUUUUGCUUAUUGGUCGCGACAGGUUUGCUUGUCUUGAUAUUCGUGUACGGGUGAGCGGCGGUGGUCGUGUUGCUCAGAUCUAUGCGAUCAGACAGGCUCUAGCCAAAUCAGUGGUUGCAUUUCACCAGAAGUAUGUCGAUGAGACAUCCAAGAACAUUAUGAAAGAGAAACUGGUUCAGUAUGAUCGUAGCCUUUUGGUUGCCGAUCCCAGGCGUUGUGAACCAAAGAAGUUUGGUGGCCCAGGUGCACGAGCUCGAUACCAGAAAUCCUAUCGUUAA